UUCAAGCAGGUAUUUCGCUACUUUACGUGGAAGGCUUUUGGAAACGUUGCGAAGACAGCAAAUGGCGCCGAUAAAAUGAGUUUAACGGGGACUAAACAGGGGCACUCGUCCCUGUCCUCUGUCUCUGGCUCAGCAGAGGCCUCCACUAUCUCCACCUCAUCCCGACUGAAAUAUGUCUCUCUGGGGGUGCUGGUGUUCCAGACCACCUCCUUGGUGCUGACAAUGCGUUAUUCCCGCACUUUGCACUCAGAAGGACCGCUCUACCUGGCUUCAUCUGCUGUGGUGUGUGCUGAACUUCUUAAGAUUGUUGCUUGCGUUCUGCUUGUCUUCAGAGAUCACAGUUUCAGCGUUCGUUCACUGAAUCUGGUGUUGAAGGAGGAAAUAAUCAACAGACCUCUGUUAACUCUGAAGCUGGCGAUUCCCUCAGGAAUCUACACCCUGCAAAACAACCUUCUCUACGUGGCUCUGUCAAACCUAGAUGCAGCCACUUACCAGGUCACGUAUCAGCUGAAAAUUCUCACUACAGCACUGUUCUCUGUGUCCAUGCUGGGCAAAAGACUUGGCAUUUACCAGUGGCUUUCACUAGUCAUUCUGAUGUUUGGCAUUGCUCUUGUCCAGUGGCCAACUGAAGUCACAUCGAGCACCAGUGAAAAAGAUUUGACCGCCAGCUCCCAGCUGAUUGGACUGCUGGCUGUGCUUGUGGCCUGCUUCUCCAGUGGAUUCGCUGGUGUUUAUUUUGAAAAGAUUCUCAAAGAGAGCAAGCAGAGUGUGUGGGUCCGCAAUAUUCAGCUAGGUUUAUUUGGACUUAUUUUUGGAUUUGGAGGAGUGUUUACAUACGACAGAGAAAGAGUGCUGGAGAACGGACUCUUUCAAGGUUACAACAAUGUGACAUGGUCUGUGGUGGCUCUUCAGGCUUUGGGUGGGUUGGUCAUUGCAGCUGUCAUCAAAUAUGCAGAUAACAUCCUGAAGGGCUUCGCCACAUCCAUCUCAAUCAUUCUGUCCACCCUCAUCUCUUAUUUCUUACUGGACGAUUUCGACCCGACAAGUGUGUUCUUCCUGGGUGCGAUGCUGGUCAUCGCUGCUACGUUUCUCUACGGUUGUGAGAGGACACCCGCCCUCUGCACUGGUAAAGUAUAGAAGACUGGACACAAGAUGAUCAAUAAAGCAAGGAUGCUUUGCUUGAGGUGUCGUUUAGGACAAAGGAACUAAUGACAUUUGGAGAAUGCUUUUAGAAGUCAGCACAGAAAAACAAAUGAGCCUAAUAUUACUGCCGUUCAGAACUUUGGAUCACAAGCAGACAAAGGAGGCACAUUCCCAUCUUAGGGCCGUGACACAUCGAGCUGAGGCCAAAUAACUAGUUCAGACGAAACCAACUGUGUUGUCGGAUUGUGUCUGGAUUCAUCUGGACUAAAAUGCUUCAUGUGAACACCAAACAGACAGCAGCCGAUUGAAACGAGAGAGUUCAUUCUGUGCCUGUGAGAGUGGAUGUGUCUUUCUGCACUUGUUUUCUCACUUCUCAAAGGAAAACCAGAAGAUGAAAUGCGCACACAGCAUAAACAAAGAAAUUAGUAUCAUUCAAACUUGCCAGACAAUGGAAUUAUUCUUAACGAUUGCAAAUGUUUGAGUGAAAUAUUAGCAAACUUUCUUCCUUUUUCUUUGUGCUGUUACUGGACUUGAAUUGUUUACUUGGGUAUGUCAAUUCGGUUUUUGUUCUCAUGCUCUGAUUCAUUGCUGAACAACCAAUCAGAACGCUCUCUUCAGUCGAUGACCGGCACCAACAUGCUGAAUCAGGGCAAUUCGAUCCAACAUUAACCCAAUACGAGGCGAUGUGUGGAACACCCAUACCAACUAGCCGUCUGUCUGCUUGGCUCGUCCCUGCAUUUGCCUUUGGAGUUUUAAUGUGUUCGUGGACUUUCAACUACUUUCUUGACUUCUUGAAUGGAAUUUUCUAUGGCGGGUUAACUGUAUGUGUGAUUGUUUUCCAAUCUUUUGAUUUUACAGUAAUAUUGUGCACGAUAAGCUUGCACAGAAAAAGUAGUGAAUACUGAAUAGGUUGCGUUAACUGGUGGGAGAACAUUGCUUUUUUCUUAUUUCAAAGCAAACUUUUCAGACGGUUUCAGGCGGCAAUGUUCUAGCGUACUACAACAACAUGUCUUUUAACAACAACUUCGCUUGAGUUAAACCUUUUUUUUUUUUCAUUUUUGAAUUCAUUCAGCUGAUCUGUGAGUCUGGUGAGACCACUUUUAGCUUAGCUUAGCAUAGAUGAGUGAAUCAGAUUUAAGUGUUAGCAUCCUGCUCUAAUAGUUCCAAAGAGUUUCGAUAGGUUUCCUAUUUAUAAACAUAUCCCCACAUAGCAAAAUAUCUCUGGCCUAGCUCUGACCCACACAAUCAGCAUUUGCUUGGCCCACAUACCGCAGUGAAUUACGGUACAUGACUGGACCAAAUCUGGCUUCCAGACAAGGGCCAAACGCGGACCAAAUCUGGGCCAAGUCUCAGGCAAGUUAAUACCUGUAACUGAGCCUGAACUGGGCCAUGUUGAUGUGUAACACGUACAAUGAAAUUGAUAAACUUAUGAAUCAUUGCACUUUGGCAUGCUAUGGGCAUGCUUUUUCUCAAAGCGACCUGAUUGGUAGAUUUUUUUUUUCUUUAUUUGAAAAUAGUAAACAUGGCUUUUAAUUGUGGGUCAAAAUAGGCCAAACUUACAUCAGAAUCAGAAAGAGCUUUAUUGCCAGGUAUGUUCACACAUACGAGGAAUUUGUUUUGGUGACAGAGCUUCUACAGUGCAACAGGAUAACAGAGACAGGACAAAAAACAGAUAAUAAAUAUAUUUAAAAAAAAAAUAGAAGUAAGUAGUGAGUGCAAAUAUACAAAUUGACAAGUGUAUGUACAUGUUUAUUACUAUAUACACCGUUAUAUGUGCAGCUGUUAUGUGCAAAUUGGCAUGUAAAGUGUGUUGUUAAAUAAGUGUAUAUGUGUAUAAAAGUACAGUAGUGAUGUUGGUUUCGCAAUUAUUAUCAUCAAGUGUUCAUGAGAUGGAUUGCCUGAGGGAAGAAACUGUUUCUGUGUCGGGCUGUUCUGGUGCGCAGUGCUCUGUAGCGUCAACCAGAAGGUAAAAGUUCAAAGAGGCAGUGUGCUGGGUGUGAGGGGUCCAGAGUGAUUUUGGCAGCCCUCCUGCUCGCUCUGGAUAAGUACAGUUCUUGGGGAGUAGGAAGGGUUGUACCAGUGAUUCGCUCAGCAGUCCGAACUAUUCGACGUAGUCUUUGAAGGUCGUAUUUAGUAGCUGAGCUAAACCAGACAGUUAUUGAUGUGCAGACGACUGAUUCAAUGAUGGAGGUGUAGAACUGUUUCAGCAGCUCCUUUGGGAGGUUAAACUUCCUCAGCUGACGAAGAAAGUACAGCCUCUGUUGAGCUUUUUUGACAAUGGAGAUGUGAAUAUGUAUACAUGGUCUACAUAUCAAUUAUUAACAUCUGGGCCAAAUACUGUGUACCACCUUAAGGACGGUGACACCUCUGCCAAACCAGGGCCAUGUUUGGCCCACAUGCUGUAUGCCAGUGCCAGAUGAAUGCCUGCUGUGCCAGAUUUAUGCCAAAUUUGCGCCAAAAUUCUUCGCUACCUGGGUCAGGACUAGGGAUGCACCGAUGCAAUUUUUUGUAACUGAUUCGAUCCCGAUACCAAAAUUCUGAGUUACGACCGAUACAGAUCCGAUCCCGAUACUGUGCCGUUUUUUUUCAAACAUACAGUAAUACAGUUUCUUUAGUUCUGGUGCUAAACUCAAAUAAUAUAUCUUCUUUAGUAAAAAUACCAGACCUAUAGGCUUACUGUAUAUGACAGACAACACAAUCUAACUAAAAACAUGAUGCUUGCUUUAAACUAUAGGCUACAUUAUUUGAGCAUUCUUUGUGACAUUGAUGACUGUUGUGCUCCAGCUUAUGUUUUUAAUAUUAAUUUAAUAAGAUUUUUCUUUGAAAUCUGCAAUAGGCAACCACCAUUGACCCUAAUAGUUGGUAAAAUAACCAGCCUUUUAGCAAAGCCUGAUAUUGUCCUGCAGGGUUGAAGCAGACAAAACUAAACCAUCUGAGGCCAGUUUUACUUAAUAAACAUUCUCUCGCCUAAACUUGCCACGAGUGAGAUGAAGAAACCGAAAGCAUGCCUGAAAAAUGAUCUUUUUAAUCUAAUUUUGUUGGUAAUAAUUUGUUGGUUAUUUAAAUAUAUUUUUUGUUGGUCAGUUAUCUACAAAAUAAACAAGAAUAUUUGAGGUGAAGUUCAAAACAAGGUGCAUUCAUGUGCUUCAGUGCACAAACUGACAAACAGGUCUGUUAAAUAAAUAUUAAUAUAAAUAAAAUUACAGUGAAAUAUUCACAGUUUCAGAGUAGCUUAUAUUAGGCUAAAUAAUUUUUCUGUCAAUGACAAUUCAUAUUGUCCCUGUCAGUUUCACUAUAAUUAAUUUCAUCAACUACUUUGACCACAAUGGGCUAGGCUUUACAAACUGUUUGCAGCACUGAAAAUGUUCCCCUUGGAAGAAUAAACUCAGUCGGAAGGAUGAGAGAACAGAAACUUAUUGUGAGAAUAAUUUUACUGAGUGGCGCACGUCACGUCUUGUAGCUGUUUGUAUGAAUGAAGUGCUUGAUGCAUCAUCGAGACACUGCGCGCAGCCCUCUGGUAUCUGCUUACACUUUAAAAACAGCAGCACAAAGGGAAGAAAUCAGUAUGUUGAGGAUCUGUCCAAUAUUAUUGAGCCUUUUCUCAUUUUAAGUUUCAGGUAGGCCAUCUUUGUGUUUAAAGAGCAGGUAAUAACCCUCUCUACUCCAGUGUUGUGAACGCGAUCUGCUGAUCUAACAGACACAGCGCAACAUGAUUUAGGUACAGCAAUAAACUCCUUGCUGCAGGUCAAAAUGAAGCCGUUUAAUGCAAACUAAACUCAUUUCUCCACUGAUUGUUUAAACUAUCAGGAACAAAUAGUCUUGAAGAAAGUUUUUUGUGUUGUCAUGAACACAGUUUAAAUUGUGAAUGAAUGAAGAAUGGUUGACAGGAUCAGCGGCAGGAAGCGCUUGAAUAUUCAUCUGUGCUUCACAUUAAACUAUAGAACAGCUUCAGAACAUUUGAGAUAUGGUAGCCUACAUGACAACAUUCUAGGCCCUUAUAAUUGGCUACCUUUGUGGCUUUUGUUGGCUUAUAAACACAGAAUAUAUGCACGCACUAGAUCUGAUUUAGAUCAGGACCAGCUGGCUGAUACCCGAUCCAGCAAAAAUAUGUGGUAUUGAACCGAUAUACGAGUAUCUGGAUCGGUGCAUCCCUAAUCAGGAGUAUCAGUCUAGAAAACAGUAACAUUUCAGUUUCUGUGGACCUACACGAUAUGACUACAGAAGUGUAAAGCUUUAAAAGGGAAAAUCAUCUAAACUUUUUUAUUUGAGUGAGAUGCUAAUAGACUAGGCAUGGGCCUGUAUAAGAUUCUGAUGGUAUGAUAACCUUGGAUAAAAGUAUCAUGGUUUGACGGUAUCGUGAUUGCUGCUCUAAAAUAUAUUCGCUUUAAAUGUCUGGGUAAAAAACUAAAACUUUCUUCUCCUUUGAUAACAAUAUAUUUAUUUUUUGAAAGGUUUAUAAUAUUUUGGAACAGUAAACAUUCAGUUCUGACUUCUGCUGUCUUCAUUAUUUUCAAAAAUACAGAUUUCUUUACAAUUUAAACGGCAUCUUUGGAUAUUUUUUCAGCUGAAGAUAAUGUUGUCCUAAAAGAAAAAUGUAAAUGAAAAAUCUUACACAUACCUUAAGAACGGUAUUACAGAACAUUUAGGUGGUUUUAAAACCUUGACUUUUCCAAACCACGGUAUACCUUGGAAACUCUUAUCGUCCCAUGCCUUAUAAUAGACUAACCUAAUAUUUUCUUAGAAGGCAUCUCCAAAAGUUGCCCAAAGAUGUCAAAAAAGGAUUCUGUGUGGGGGCAAAGCUUUUGGCGUCUUAUGGCGGCCAUAAACGGAAGCUGCUAAUGGACUAAUCUGAUAAAAUCAUCUAAGGUAUAAGUCUCAGACCUGACCUGGAGAUAGACUGAAGACGGUCCACAGCUCGCUGAUUUAUGGGUGUGUUGCUUCACAUGUAAAUUAGUUUCGGCUUCCCGCCCAACGUAACAAGGGGGGCGGGGCCAUGAGCUCACCCGCUCUGCGUUUGCAACAGAGUCUGACAGGCAGACUCAGAGAAGAAGGAGUGAGAGGAUCAGCAUUCAGUCGUACAUGUACGACUCUGACACAGACCAAGCAGAGAGUACAAAAUCAUAUGUGUCUUUGUACAGUUUUACAGCCAACUGUGUGCUAGUUUCAAGUGCCGAGCUUGUACACAGAAACUAAUAACCACACACACUGAAUUAACUUUGACUGAGGCACCGGAUGCGCCGCUCGAAGCCGCAACACGGCACACCAGACACUCUCUGUGGCGCGGCAGAAACAUGAAGUGUCCCGAAUUGUCGCGCCACGCAUUUUUGAAUUCUAAACAUAGGUUUCUGCAGCGGUCCGCGGCACCCAGCCGUCGACUUGAGUGUACCCUGAUAGAAACCUAUGUUUAGAAUUCUAAAACGCAUGCUAGUUAAGAUAACAGGGAGCUUCUGGGAUCGUGAGAAAUGCAAAUGGCUGAAGAAUAAGGUAGACUCAAUGAGAAGUACACAUGUUUGCAAACCUACCUAAAGAUACAACCAAUAAUUCCGAUUAGAGCGAUAAUGUGGAGAAUAUUGCUCUUGUGUUGAGCCCAAUGAGCCUUGCAUCUAAAAAUAGAGCUAGGGUGUUCCUUUAGUGAUAUCGCUUCGACUCACGCUGAAAAUGGCGGACGUGAAUCAACAAACUGAGGAUAUGAUGACGCGCCUGUCAAUCAAUAUUGGUGGGCGGGGGGACCGCUCUCCUACGUAAAGUUGUGGUCGAUUUGAAAACCGCUCCAAUUGGUCCACUGUUUUUUAUGUUGUUAAAUUGAAAAAAAAUCACUGGGUGUGCUUAUAUCACCCCAAUAUGACAGUCUAUACACCAUACAUGCACAUAUGUCUGUCCAAACAGCUUGAAAAGUAGAAUUUUUACCAUAGGUGCCCUUUAAAUCUUAGUGAGUUUCUCUUUGCUGUUAAACACAAGCAAGAAUAUUUUGAAUGACAUUCAUAUUAGGAAAAAACAAAUACUAUGGAUAUCAGUGGUUACAGACUCAAUAAAUUAUUUUAAUAAUAAUAUAUUUUUUUGGCCAACAGAAUAAACAACUUCAAACAUGUUUGUGUCAAGUGAAAACGAGUAAAUGAUUUUCUUUUUUUGAGCACCUUUGUCUUAUUUCGUUUUAUCAUAUCAACACAAUAGACCAAAAACAAGUACUAUAUAAGAGCAAAACUGCUUUAGACUUGUUACAGGGUUCAUACGUUCAUGGAAAUCCUGGAAAAGUCAUGGAAUUUUGACAUGGCAUUUUCCAGGCCUGGAAAAGUUUUGGAAAAGUCAUGGAAAGCAGAUAUCUGUAUACUUGAAUAUAGGUUAGUUGUCUUUAAUUCUUUUUUGUCCUUGGCCAAACACUCUCACAUAAUUAGUGCGGUGUAAGCAUUAUCUAAAUAAAUUUUACGUAGAUAUAAAUAUAAAUCGGGCAUCAUGGUGGCACAGUGGGUAGCGCAAUUGCAACAGCAAGACGGUCGCCGGUUCAAGCCUCGGCUGGGUCAGUUGGCAUUUCUGUGUGGAGUUUGCAUGUUCUCUCUGUAUUUGUGUCGGUUUCCUCCGGGUGCUCCGGUUUCCCCCAGACAUGUGGUGUAGGUGAAUUGGGUAAGCUAAAUUGUCCGCAGUGUAUGUGUGUGAAUGAGUAUGUAUGGAUGUUUCCCAGUGGUGUGUUGCAGCUGGAAGAGCAUCCGCUGCAUAAAACAUACGCUGGAAAAGUUCAUUCCGCUGUGACGACCCUAUUAAUAAAGGGACUACGCUGAAAAGAAAAUGAAUGAAUAAAUAUAAAUUGAACUAAA